CUCAGCGCGCUGACCGUCCCGCGCCACCGCCGGUAGCAGCUCCGCGUGCAAAUAACGCCGCGCUGCAGGGCUCCGCCGGCAGAGCGCGGAUGUGGGAGGCGUGGGGACCGGCAUGGUGGUGCUGCGCGGCCUGCGGCGGCGUUGGAACGCCUACAAGUACCGCUUCGUGCCCUGGCUGGCCUUCAAUGUCCGCCGCCAGCGCAGGACGCUUCGGUACGUUCCUGAAAGCUCCCAGGACAAAAUAAUCCCCGACGAAGACGUCUUAGAAACGCUGCUGAAAGUAUUUACAGCGCUGUUUGUGAACGACUUCGGCAGGCAGGUGCCGGCGCUGCCCCUGCUGCCCGCCGUUAGGCGGAGGUACGCGCAGUUACGGUCCGAUGAGCUGCAGCCGGACGCUGGGAGUUCGCGGAGCCGCCAGAGCCGGCAGGCGCUGCUCGGCCCGGAGGAGGUCCUGUUUCGGACGCUGGGGUUCAGCGUCACUCGGGACCGCAGCUCCCUGCUUUCUGCCGGGACCGGAGUCUUCGUUAGCAAGGGCUUUGUGCCGAAAGGGGCGGUUGUGGCCAUGUAUCCCGGUACAGUGUACAGAAAGCAUGAGCCCAUCUUUUUCCAGUCGCUUGGCAAUCCAUUUAUUUUUAGGUGUAUAGAUGGUAUUCUUAUUGAUGGGAAUGAUAAAGGACUGUCAAGAUCAGUGUACAGGUCUUGCAGCUGGAGGGAUCAGCUUGGCCCCUUUCAGAUGAGCGACGUAAGCUGGCUCACAGCUGCUCCACAAAACCCACUGGCGGUGGGACAGUAUGUGAACAACUGCUCCUAUGAGUGCUUUCUUGAAGUGGCUGCCCUCUGGAUGUGAACAAAGCAGUGGAGGAUUGCAGAGAUGAAGUGCAGACUGCACGGCACCUAAGAGGAUGUGUGGCACUGGUUUCUCCUUGCUCAAAUACUGACACCUGGCAGCCUGCUUUAAGGAUGGAUCAUACGCAUGAGAAAGCAUAAUCUGGCCUGAAACUGGCAUCAGCUAUCGUUAUCUGCCUGCUGGUGGUUGUAGAAUAGAAUUGAAUAGUUAAGUUGGAAGGGGUCUUCAGAGAUUUCCUGCCCAUCUGGCUGUGCACCACAAGAUGCAGUUUACUCCUUGGCUGCCAGGGCACACUGCAGGCUCAUGCUGAGCUACUGGCAACAGCUCCUGCAGAUACUUUUCUGCUGUGCUGCUCCCCAGCUCAGCCUCCCAUCAGUGCCUGUGUCCAGCAUUGUUCCAUCUCAGGUACAGCACCAGCGCUUUCCGAGUGGCCACUUACCAGCCAAUACCCUGUUAUUGGAGUGAGCUGUAUCUCUUGAAAGAUUAUUUUAAUCUCAUUGGAAUUCCUAACAGGGCAUUACCAGCAAGAGGCACGCAGCCAGUCUCAGCAGGACCUUUGGAGGAAGGUCAGCCAGCUCAGCUCUGACUUUUGACUUCUUAACUGCAAAGGUGAAGCUUGUAACAGCUGCAGUGGUAAUUCUCCAAGAGCUUAAGUUGCUCCCUGAAUUCCCUGUUGAUUUGGGAUGGCAGAAAAGUUCAAAUGCUUGGAAAAUCAGAGGAGCUGAGCUGACAAACCCAGCAGGAGAGCUGCAGGUGCUCUGGAGAAACAGGCCUACAGAAGAGGGAAACGUGCCUGCCAGAGUGAGCAGCUGCCUAAGAUCAGAAACUCACUUUAAGGACAGAUGCAUGAAAAGCUUUACAAGUA